ACAAAAUUUAAUAUAAAUAUCGAUAUAUCGUUGAUCGUUCCUACCCCUACUUCACAGUUAUUUUGUAUGGUGUUGUUCCUAACCUAAUUUUCAAGCACCAUUAACUGCAGAUAUAGUAGUCACUGCAAAUACUAAAAUAUAAGCUUUGUUUUAUUCAUUAAAUUAAAAAUAUUAUCCUUGUUUCAUUCUUAAACUUAAUUAAAAUGUAUGAUAGAAAUGCUGUAAACUUGAACUGAAGAUAAAAGUACAUUUCAAAGAUCUACAUUAUAUUACAUUAUAAAAAUGCUUAGCUUUUUACAUUGUAGAAAUGCAACAAAUUAUAUCAAAUUACAAACUUUUUACAGAUCAUUCACUAAGAAUGUUAAACAAAAAAAUUCUAAACCAUUUAAUUUUUCAUGUCGGUACCCAUUCAGAAUAAACAAUGUAAGAGAGUAUGGACAAAAAACACAAGCAGACAGUUUUCAUGUGAAUGUAAAUAUAAAAAAUAAUGUACUGUUAUAUAAGUAUGAAAACCCUCGAUACUUCCGUACCUUUAGAGCUUUCUGCUUCAUAUGGAUCUUUUUUUCUUCAGUAUUGUCAUAUUAUACAUUUGAUCCAAAAUUUAUAUUAACAUGGAGAAAAAAUGUAUCUUGGGCUGAGUAUCUGAAACUAAAUGGAACAAAUUUAUUGUAUUUUGUAUAUGCAAUAAUAGUUGGACCUUCUGCUUUUUUCUUAUUGUAUACGGCAAAUAAGAAAUUUGUAAAAUUCAUUAUUUUACACCCUGGUGGUACAUCUGUGUCUUUAGUCACUCAUCAUUUAUUUAAACGUCAAGAUGUUCUCACAGUCCCUGUUAGUAAAGUAACAGCUAUUUGUUCACGGAACAGAAUGAGGGAUUACUUACCACUAAAAGUUCAAGGAAAAUCAUUUUAUUAUUUAGUAGAUGCUGAGGGAAAAUUCAUAAAUGAAAAAUUAUUUGAUUGUACAGUUGGUACACGAAAAUGAUACCAGAAAUAUUGCGCAGUCAUAUAUUACAUAUUGUAUAUAAUUCUUAUAAAUAAACUUUAAACAACUUGUAUUUAUUCAA